AGGACGUCCCACAACAAGUCUGCUUCGUCCUGUACAUCUUCGGCUGGUACGAGGCAGGUGGUUUACGGUGUCAACUGUGUCUCUUCGAUGCGAAGCAUUGCGGUGAGGAGGACGCCUUCCAUUUCAGCAACAUUGUCACGGCAGGUUGUAUCCUCGCAUCCUCUUUGGCGAACCAACUGCUGAUUCGCCCUGUACGGAAGAGGAGAUACUCAGAAGACGAUGUUUGCAUGCACCUUUGGAUUCGCGUUGGUGGAACGUGUGUGGCUAGCAUGCCGUUUACCACCGGCCUUUGUCUGUCUUCGAGGAGCCUCGUGUCAGAGCCAGCGCUGGUUCACCUACUCUUUGCCAUCCCUUGUCUACUGGGCUGGCUGAGUAUUUCAGG